AUGCUGUGCUUUGCGCUGGUGUGCUUUGAGGCGCAACUUCAGGAGGAGAAAGAGAGGCGAGCUGUGGAGCAACAGCGUUUGAAGGCGCGACAGCCUCGAGAACGCACCAGGGAAGCCUUUCAGAAGCUCAAGGACGAAAGCAAUGCAAAGGUCCAAUCCGUGCAACAGGAGUUGGAGGCCGAGAAGGCCCAAGCACAGGCGCUGGGAGCGCAACCGCGCGCGGAGGUCGGUGGGUUCCGCCACCUAGGAAUUGCAGACGGUCAAGUCCCAGGUGGAAAAGGAGAGGGCCUGGACAGUGCCAUCGGUCGACUCGUCAAGUUCGAGGCUCAAAGCGCCGAGAUCGAGCGCCUGACGGAAGAAGCAGCGCAGGCCCGAAGUGCUUCAGCCAGGGCCGGAGAAGAGCAACAGCGACAAGAGCUUGACGGCCUCAAAGCAGAAGCAGCACAGGUGCAGCAGCUCAAAGACAAGCUUGCAGAACUCGAGGCUCAAAGUGCUGCCUCUGCUGGUGCUGCUGCUGAGCAAUAUCGGCUGGAGAUUGAGCGGCUGAAAGAAGAAGCGGCACAGGCUCAACGUGCUGCCUCUGCUGAUGCUGAUGUCGCUGCAGAGCAAUAUCGGCUGGAGAUUGAGCGGCUGAAUGAAGAAGCGGCGCAGGUACCUCAACUGCGAGAAAAGCUUGCAGAAGUUGAGGCCCAAAGUGCUUCAGCCAGAGCUGCAGCAGAGCAACAUGAGCAAGAGCUGCAUAGUCUCAGAGCAGAAGCAGCACAGGUGCAGCAGCUCAAAGACAAGCUUGCAGAACUUGAGGCUCAAAGUGCUGCCUCUGCUGAUGCUGAUGUCGCCGCAGAGCAAUAUCGGCUGGAGAUUGAGCGGCUGAAAGAAGAAGCGGCGCAGGUACCUCAACUGCGCGAAAAGCUUGCAGAAGUUGAGGCCCAAAGUGCUUCAGCCAGAGCUGCAGCAGAGCAACAUGAGCAAGAGCUGCAUAGUCUCAGAGCAGAAGCAGCACAGGUGCAGCAGCUCAAAGACAAGCUUGCAGAACUUGAAGCUCAAAGUGCUGCCUCUGCUGAUGCUGAUGUCGCCGCAGAGCAAUAUCGGCUGGAGAUUGAGCGGCUGAAAGAAGAAGCGGCGCAGGUACCUCAACUGCGCCAGAAGCUUGCUGAAGUUGAGGCCCAAAGUUCUUCAGCCACUGCUUCAGCUAAUGCCGCAGCAGAGCAGCAUCAGCAGGAACUGGAGAGUCUCAGAGCAGAAGCAGCGCAGGUGCAGCAACUCAAAGACCAGCUUGCAGAACUUGAGGCUCAAAGUGCUGCCUCUGCUGAUGCUGAUGUCGCCGCAGAGCAAUAUCGGCUGGAGAUUGAGCAGCUGAAAGAAGAAGCGGCGCAGGUACCUCAGCUGCGGGAGAAGCUUGCUGAAGUUGAGGCCCAAAGUGCUUCAGCCACUGCUUCAGCUAAUUCCGCAGCAGAGCAGCACCAGCAGGAACUGGAGAGUCUCAGAGCAGAAGCAGCGCAGGUGCAGCAGCUCAAAGACCAGCUUGCAGAACUUGAGGCAAAAUGUGCUGCCUCUGCUGAUGCUGAUGUCGCCGCAGAGCAAUAUCGGCUGGAGAUUGAGCGGCUAAAAGAGGAAGCGGCGCAGGUACCUCAACUGCGGGAGAAGCUUGCUGAAGUUGAGGCCCAAAGUGCUUCAGCCACUGCUUCAGCUAAUUCCGCAGCAGAGCAGCAUCUGCAGGAACUGGAGAGUCUCAGAGCAGAAGCAGCGCAGGUGCAGCAGCUCCGCGACAAACUUGCUGAACUGGAGGCUCAAAGUGCUGCCUCUGCUGGUGCUGCGGAGCAACACCAGCAAGAGAUAGAGCACCUCAAAGCGGAGGCAGCCCAGGUGCUUCAACUGCGCGAAACACUGGCGGAAGUUGAGGCCCAGAGUGCUUCAAGUGAUGCCAUGGUACAGCAGCUCAGAGACAAGCUUGCUGAAGUGGAGGCGCAGAGCGCCUCUGCUUCUGCUGCUGGUGAGCAAUACCAGCAAGACAUAGAGCGCCUCAAAGCGGAAGCAGCGCAGGUGCCUCCAUUGCGGGAGAAGCUGGCGGAGCUAGAGGCGCAAAGUGCUGCAGCUGGUUCUGCCGCGGAGCAGCAGCGCCAUGAGAUUGACAGUCUCAAAGCAGAAGCAGUGCAGGUGCCGGAGCUGAAGGAGAAGCUAGCGAAAGCGGAGGCCAUGGGCGAAGCGGCCAGAGAGGCUGCAGCUCAGGCAGUGAAGAAGCAGAAGGAGGCGGAGCGGGUGCGUUCGGCGGAGGCCCAGGCCUGGCAACAGGCCGAGGUGGCCUUGGACUCGGCCAAGGUUGAGAAGGAGAACCUGCAGAAGACGGUGGAUAAGCUCCGAGCAGAGCUCUCGCAAGCCACGCAGGCGACGCAGCUCGCUUCCCGAGAUCCCAAGGAGGUGCCGAAUCAGGACGAAGCCGAGCUGGCGCAGCUGCAAGAGCUGCAGCAGGAACUCCAAGGCGCGAAGGAGGCCUCCAGAGUCGAGGCGGAGCACGGCCGCGAGCUGGCGCUGAAGGCGCAGGAGGCCCAGCGACGAGAACUUCAGCUCCAAGAGCAGUUGCAACUCUCUGCCAGCGAGGUCUCGCAACUGAAGGCGCAGGUCUUGGAGCUCGAGGCAGGCUUGGAGCUUGCUAGGGAGGCCGCUCUGCAGGCGGAUGCAGAGGCCAAGCAGAAGCAGGCCCUGCGCGAGGAGUGCGCACAGGGGGUGUCAAGGCGCGGACAUGCCGCGCACAACGCGCACGCCUUCGUUGAGAUGCGCAACGCGCAAGCCUUGCUCAAACGCCUGAAUUCCAGAUCUGUGCCGAACGCAGAGGCGCUGACGCUCCUCCCGAAGUUGCUGAAGCGCAAGGUGCUGCGCUCACCCAAGGAGGUCACCAAAGCUGUCAUCUCCUUGUACAAACGUGGCCUCUAUCGAGAGGCGGCGCAGUUCGCGCUGGAUGCGUGCCUCUGGGGCGAGGAAGGCGAAGAGACGCUGGGACCCAGCGCGGAUGGCGCCAAGGCUGCCAAGGCCAAGCUGGUGGAGGGAAACACCUUGAUUUGCAGCAGUGCCCUGCGUGCGUGUGGCGUACGUCAGGGCUGGCAGAUGGCGUUGCAACUCCUCGAGCGCGCGCAGGAUGCUCACAUCCAGUUAGAUGCCCGUGCACAAGACAACGCCGUGGUGGCCUUGGCCUCCAGUGGUCGCCCGCAGCUGGCACUGCAGCGCCCAGGCAGCUUGAGCGCCUGGACGCGCGCAGCGGCAGAGGUGGGGAAGACACAUGCGUGGGACAUGUCUUUGGCACUGCUGGGCCAAGCACCACGUACCACCUGGGAUGCCACGGCCUGGGAGGUGUUGCUGCAGGCGGCCACCGAGGCGCAGCAGUGGCAGCUAGCCUUGUCGUUGCUGGAGGAGAGCGGCGGCCGUUCCGGCACGGCCUACGCGUUGGCGGCCGAGGCCGCCCUCCGGGCACGCCGCGUCGACGUGGCGUCAGAGCUCUUUAACGCCGUCGCGGCGGGUGCGCACGAGCGUGCACUCACGCGGCUGGUGGUGAGUGCGCCAUCUGUUGGUGACCUGCCCUGGCAAUGGGCACUCUUCAUCUUGGAGAGGAUGGAGGGUCACCAGGUGCCGCUGACCACGUGCAAUGCGAUGAUCAGUGUUUUUGCGAGAUCUGGCCAUUGGCAGAGGGUUUGGAUUCCCGAGCUGUCUGGAUCGGCCUCGGGAGACCAAGCUGAUCGCGUGGCGUCCAGCCGGUCUAGGACACGUCCAGGGCUCCGGUGCCUGGAAGAUGGGGUGAAGUCCUUGGGCUUUUGGGGCGAAACCUGGUUUUUGUUGGACCUUUUGACAGCCUUCGGUCUUGCCGGUAGCAAAUCAAGCCGUUUUGGUGUGACAUCAAGCAGACUCCAGAAGUAUGAGUAUGAGAGAGUUCUUUUAAUAUUCAGAUGCCUCAGUUGCUGGCUGUUCCUCUUGGGCAUGGUGCCAUGA